UAAAACCUUGACUUUUGCACAGGUUGAAAAGGCACUUAACUGUUUAUUUUUGUCCUGUUCUCCCUUAUGCUUCUCCAUGCACGAAGUUUGAUUCUUCGUGUUUUUCUAAGCCAAAAUGUAAAACGUACAUGCUUUCUAGAUCUACCCGUGUGACAAAAGCCGCAAUCUCAUUGGCUGUCCAGCGGCGCUCCGCUAGCUAACCAUGUGACAUAAAGAUGCACUCUGAUUUGUUGUCGUGCGGAGACCCAUGAUUGGCUGUCCAGCGCCGCGGCCGGCCCUUCAAACCGUGAGAUAUAAAGAUGCACUCAGAUUGGUUAUCAGGCGUAAACGGAAGCUGGAGCAAUCCACGUGUGUGCACGGCGGCAUUUUUUUUAUUAUAAUAAAAACCCAUCUAUUCGUAGUUUAACUUAAGUUACUACAUCAGCUAAACGUCACUCUGCUUUCCUUACAGUACAUUUCCAAAUCAUACAAGGAGUGUCACAGCAUUGUUUAACAAUGCUUCGCUUUUCUUUGUCCAGGCCUUGUUGUUUAAAUGGAAAACCGUCUAUUUCCGUCUCUGAUCCAGUCUUUCCCGUAAGAAAACUGAAGCUUGAUUCAGUGUCGUUCUUACUUUUGCUGGUAAUAUAGAAGAAACCCCGGUCUCCACAAACUAAGUAAAGUGCAUCCAUCAGGUCGGAGCUACAGCGGUGUCCGUUAGCGGCUGCGUUGGCAGCUUGUGGGGGAGAAAGGACGAGGCAGACAAGCAGGAAGAAAACUUGAAGAAAUACCAUGGCAGAGGUAUACAGGUUGCUUCUGAUAGAAACGGGCUUCCCUAUAUUUCACAUCUUCUAACCCCCCAAAUAUUUGGUGAAAGUCUCAUCCAGAAAGAGCGCAGCCGACAUACUCCCAUGGCGGCAAUGUUGAUCAGGCAGUAUAAAUGUCUGCUUGGUGGCGUCGACGUGACCGAAGGAGCCGGUUUUGAACGUUAAAAGAGAAAAAAAAUUCUGCCAUUUACCGAAACCCAUACAAAAUGGAGGAGAAGCAUCUGGCAGUCCAGGAGACUUGUGAAAUGGAAUGCAAGCUUGAGUACAUGAAUACAUGAGUUGCUAAGCGGACUGGCAUUGUCACUUCAGAGUUUCCUGUCCUAUGCUACUCCGGGACGGAUGUUUUGGAUGUAUGCUGUGAUGUGAACUUUCAAAUUUGAAUGUGGAGGCACACAAACAGCCAAACAACAAGGGCAGUAAUCAUGACUGUACCAUUAAGUAGCCCAACAGAGUUCGAGUGAAAAAGAGGUGGAGUAUGUUUGGCUGUUGUGUUUUGUAUAAAAGCAAUUUGAAGGUCGCUUAUGGAUAACCUGAGAGGCUUCAUACACUUGUAACUAUCAUGCCUUGCUAUCGGCUCCUUUCUGUUGCUGCUAGUUAGAGGUAUUUGCUAUUAUUUUUCCCCCCGAAACACUCCCAUACUCAGUAUAAAAGGGGAGGACAUCUGUCAAGAUUACAACAUUAAAGUUCAAGCUUCUCCUACACUAGAAAACGAGGAAGUGGAGAAUCUGGCCGUGCACAGGAGUCAAGCUUUCAUGUGUUGCCAUGGAAGACAAAAGUAAUGCAAACAUUAAGGAAGAAGACUGUGAAUGGGAAUGUAUGCAAGAGCAGACCAACGUUAACAUCACUGAGGAAUAUAAGGUUUGUAAAUGGGGAUCAGUAGCCUCUGAGCCAACCCCUAAUACCUCAGACUUGCCAGAGAAUGAAGUUAUAAACUGUGUUAAGGAAGAACAUCUUAAGUUAGAGUCUGUCUCUAAGUAUGUAUGUACAGAUGAAGAACUCGCUGGAACAGGCUUCAUGAAAAGCGAACCUCCUGCCAUCCAGAAUAAUUCAUUCCAGGUGAAGACUGGAUCUUUGGAUUCUGAAAUAGAAAGGAGUGAGAAAGCAACAUGUUCAAGGUAUUCAGCAGAAGAUAUACAAGGAAAUGGUACCUUCUCCACGUCUUCAUUUCCCCAGACAUCUCUUCCCUUUAGACCACAGCAAAAUGAAAACUUGAAAUCUGAAUCCGGGGUGGUGUCACUGGUCCAAUUAGAGUAUUAUUCUUUGCCUGUUGCAAAAAUAUGUGUAGAUGCAGUCAACACCCAACGACAGGUGUAUGGCAAAAAUUCAACACCCUUGCAUGUUUGCCAAGGGCAGGCAAACCCUUAUGAACAAAAAUCUAAAACUAAACGCAAGUGGAAUCGUACUAGACAGAAGCUGCUCAGCUGUUCAGAGUGUGGUAAACAAUUCUUCAGCAGUAGCAAUCUUAAAACCCACAGAAGAAUUCAUACAGGAGAGAAGCCAUAUUCCUGUUCUGAAUGUGGUAAACGAUUUAUUCAAAUAGGCCAUCUUCAUACCCACACUAAAAUUCACACGGGAGAGAAACCAUAUUGCUGUCCCGAAUGUGGAAAAGCAUUCAUCACCAGAAAUAGGCUUCAGAUCCACGCAAGAAUUCACACUGGGGAGAAACCAUAUUGCUGCUCCCAUUGCGAAAAACGAUUCUCUGAUAAACGUGGCCUUCAGUUACACAUAAGGAUUCACACUGGAGAAAAGCCAUAUUGCUGUUCUGAAUGUGGCAAACAAUUCUCCCAAAUAGGCACUCUCCAGACCCAUGUGAGAAUUCAUACUGGAGAGAAGCCUUUUUCCUGUUCUGAAUGUGGGAAACAAUUCUCACAAAUAGGCAAUCUGAGGACCCACAUGAGAAUUCACACUGGGAAAAAGCCAUUUUGCUGUUCUGUAUGUGGCAAAGAACUUGCUGACAAACGUGGUCUUCAGUUACACACAAGACUUCAUUUUGGAGACCAGCCAUAUAGCUAUUCUGAUUGCUGGAAAUCUGGAGUUUUCUGUAAUACCGUAGCUUGUGGUCCAAGCAGUACCAUCAGUGCUGAUGCAGAAGAUUCUUUUGAUCUCUUUGGUUGCAGUAGGGACAUCUUCCACUUCAAAAGGUUCAAGGGAUUUGACUUCCUGCUGUACAUUCAGUUUGCUCAGCUCACUCACUGGUUUCCAAAUGUAAUUGGGUGCAUUGACGGCACCCACAUUCCUAUUAAAGCUCCUUCAAUGAAUGAGGGAGACUAUGUUAAUAGGAAAUCUAUUCAUAGUAUCAAUGUGCAGCAAAAUGCCUUGGAGGGAGAUUUCUUCAGAAGCAGUCCAUUACAGCGUGAUCAGAAUGUGUGUAAGAAAGGAAGCUGUUGUACCGGACAGUUGUUCACAAUCAAAGAGAUGUGUGCAGCUGUCAAGGAGCCUGUAGUUUUGGGCUACAAAUGUGAAGAGGUGGCUGCCUCAGAAGAGAAGAGUCCUGAUGCAAAAGGAGAGAAUCCUUUGGUUUGCAGGGAUGUCCUUGCCAAGAAUGCCAUAGAGAAAAGUAGAGUGAACAUUAAAAAAGAGGAUUGUGAAUGGGAAUCUGUGGACCAUCAACUGGAGAGUCCUGGUAUUAAAAGGGAGGAUUGUGAAUGGGCAUCAGUAAGUGUUAAAGAAGAAUGUGAGUCAUCAUCUGACAGCACUGACAUGCAGAUGAAGGAAACUAUAAACAGCAUCAAGGAAGAAGACUUGGAGUCUGACUUCUGUCAGUAUGUGUGUCCAGGUGAAGAACUGUCCAAAUCAGGUGUCAGGCUGAGCAGUCACUACUCCUUACAACUUCAUUCUGUCCAAGUGAAGUCCGAAUCUUUAGAGUUUGACGUGAAGAAGACUGAGAAAGCAUCCUGUUCCAGUCUUUCCGGAGAAGGUUUACAAGAGAGUGGCACCUUCUUCUCAUCUUCAUUUCGUCAGACCUCUCCACACUGUAGUCCUCAACAAACACAGUGGAAAGAAAAUAUGAAGAAACUAGAAUUGGCAUCAGAGAUUUUGACUCCAGCCACUUUACCUCUGCCUGUUGUAAAACAAAUUAGAAUGCAGGAAGCGAACGCUGAACAACAGGGGCAUGAUACAAAUUUAGCUGCUUUACUGGUCUGCCAAGAGAAAAGCAAAAAGUUCAAACGGAAAUCUAACUCCAGUGAUAACAAAUGGAGUAACACAAGAAGGAAGCCAUACUGCUGUUUUGAGUGUGGAAAACAGUUCUCAAGAAGUAACCAUCUUCAGCAACACUCAAGAAUUCACACUGGAGAGAGGCCAUAUUGCUGUUCUGAAUGUGGCAAAAAAUUCUCCACCAAUAACAGUCUCCAAAAACAUAUGAGAAUUCACACUGGAGAGAAGCCAUAUUCCUGUUCUGAUUGUGGCAAACAGUUCUCACAAGUUAGCAGUCUUCAAACACACACGAGAAUUCAUACUGGAGACAAGCCAUAUUGUUGUACAGAAUGUGGUAAAUGCUUUUUGGACAGAAGCAGUCUGCAGAAACACAUAAGAAUUCACACUGGAGAGAAGCCGUAUUGCUGCCCUGAAUGUGGCAAACAGUUCUCCACCAGCAGUAAUCUUCAGAAACACACACAAACUCACACAGGAGAGAGGCCGUUUUCCUGUUCUGAAUGUGGCAAACGAUUUUUGCAUGAUAGCUACCUUCAAACUCACAAAAGAAUUCACACUGGGGAGAAGCCAUAUUGCUGUUCUGAAUGUGGUAAACGAUUCUUACAGUUUGGCCAUCUUCAGGCCCACAGGAGAAUUCACACAGGAGAGAAGCCAUACUGCUGUGGGGAAUGUGGCAAACGAUUUAUUUACAGUGGUGACCUUCAGACGCACACAAGAACUCAUACAGGAGAGAAGCCGUAUUGCUGUUCUGAUUGUGGCAAGCAAUUCUCCACCAAUAGCAGUCUUCAGGUCCACAAAAGGAUUCACACUGGAGAGAAACCAUAUUGCUGUUCUGAAUGUGGCAAACGAUUUUCUUGCAGUGGCAAUCUUCAGAAGCAUACUAAAAUAUGCAAUCUGAGAUCUACAAGAUGUGGAACCAAAAAACUGUCCAUUUUGCAUGGAAAGAGUCAUGCAAAAUAGACUUCUUUUAGGGGGUCAAAUCUUUGGAUUUCCCAGAAUUCAUAAGAACCAGCAGGUACAACUUGAUAAUCCUGCUAAUUACCAUCACCUUCCAUUAACCACAAAAACUACAAAAAGAAACAUUACUAGGGACAAUACAGUUAUUAUACAGCAACUGUAAUACAGUAGCUCCUUUACCAUUGAUAUGAGUGUGUGGGCCAAUCAGAAAGCUUGAUUACCCACCCAGUAACCAACUGGACCCUCACCUCCCUGACUUGGUAUAGGCUGAAGUGUAGUUAAAGAACUGAAUUUAUUUACGAAAUCACUGUAAAUGUUAUGUUGGAUGGCUGCCAAAUCUAUUCCCACCUUCUCCUACACAUACACAUGCAAUGCAAUGCAAGUCUUGGAAUCAAUGUGAAAACUCUAAAACAAUCUUAAAAUGAGUCACGCACUGUGAUUCACCUGCAGUGACACCUCCAGUGAGUGAGGAAUGGUCAGGUUUUAGGAACUGCAGUCCUUAAAUGUUAUGUGGCUUCUUGUCCCGAGAUGUAAAUCUGACCCUGCCUUUAGUCAAUAAUAUGAACCAACAGACAGCAAAUGCUGUCCCACCAAUCUCAUUCCCUUUGAAUAAUGUAACUUAUAAUGUAAAGCAAACAAUUGUGUUCUGACUGCCAACUUAUUAUAACAGGUAAAAAUGCCUUUUUUGUAGGAUGGCCUUUUGUAAACGUGAUUACGUUUAAAUUGUGUAUAUUUGUGGGUAUGCUUAAUUAUAAUGCAAAUAUAGAUGUGUUCCUUUUUCUUUGUAAAA